AUGGAAGACCUCGCCAUCCCCAAAGUCAGGGAAGUGUCAAAAGGGCAAACCAGGAUAGUAAUAGGUAGAAGUCCUUUCAAAGCAGUGUUUGGAACUGAAUCGAAACAAGGUCUCAAAUCAACAAAUCUUCCACGAAAUAUGAUUAACUCUAUAACCACAGAGGAAGAGUUGCAAGAAAUGGAGACCGUAAUUAAUUCUUCAGUACAAGAAAAUAGAAAUAGUCAAGAUAAAGAGGAGAUAGUGAAUGAAAACGAAAUAGAACCUAUGAAAGGGGACAAGAAAGAAACAUCAAUAAAAUUUCAACAGGAUAAGUGUUUCGAUGGACAAAAACGUCAGGCGGAGCAAAUGAUUUCUGUUACAAAAAAGAGGUUAGGUAAUAUAGAGAUUGGGGACUGUGUUUUAGUUAACGUUGAUAAGGUAGAUCGUAGUCCUGGGGAUCCUCCUAAUCUUAUUGCAGUAAUUAUAGAUAUUAAGAAUGACGUAUACCAAGUUGGGACUUCAGGUGGAAUUAUCAAAUCUUGGUUUAAUAGACUAGAUCUUAAAAAAGCAACUUCAAGGUUUAUCAGCAUAAAACAAGUUAAUACGUCGAAGUUUCUAUCAAUUAGAGAAGCUGUUUCUCUGGAGUCAUUAUUUAAAGGACAAGGAUAUGUGAAAAGUUCAUGCCAACCCUCUAAAGUUCAGUGCAAAAGUAAUAGAUGCCAGUGCUUUAAGGCAAAGAUACAGUGCAAUUCGAGAUGUCACAAAAGUGGUCCAUGUAUAAACAAAUAG